CUGAUAUGUGUUAUAUUUUCAGGAUGCAGCGCAAGAAGGGUCAGUUUACAUCUUCAAAGUCAAUAUCUGACGAAGCAGGUUCUUCAUCUGCAGAUUGGAAUGAAGGCUCUGGUCAAGAAGAGCAGGAAACAUCAUGCAGACAUUGCGGUAUUAGUUCGAAAUCCACUCCUAUGAUGCGUCGUGGACCAGCUGGGCCAAGGUCUCUUUGUAAUGCAUGUGGACUCAAGUGGGCCAAUAAGGGAAUUUUAAGAGAUCUUUCUAAAGUUCCAACUCCUGGAGCUCAGGAUCAAACUGCGAAAUCUGGUGAACAGAGCAACGGUGAACCUAAUGGCUCGGACGCCAUGGCUGCUGCUGCUAUCAUCACUCCAGACGGUGACAACACAAUGGUGACUGCUGAACGGUGAUGGAGAAUCCUUCUUUAAGUGAGAUGGAUAAUUGAGAUUCAUCUGUUGUACUAUCUGCCAAAAUUAGAUUGUAUAUAGUAAAAUAUUGUACUCUUAGGCAUCCAACAUUGUUUCUCAGAGUUUUAGUGUUUUAUCCUGGUGUUCAACUGUAAUUUAAAUCUGGAAUAUGUAUCACGAAUCGAGAAACCUCAGUAAGAAAGAUCUGGGCUUACUUUAAUCUGCUUUUACUUCA